ACUGCCCGCAGGGGCGGGUGUCCUCCGUCCUUUAUGCUGCUCCUUCCCCUGCCAGUUAGCUCUGUGCGGCUGGGCUCCGCAUUCACAGCCGAGGAAACCAAGGCUAACGAGGCCCCCGACUGCCGGGGUCUCAGAGGCAGGUCUGCGACCCGAGUCUGGACUGCUCCCCUCGGCCCCACAUCGCGCUCCCCGAGUUCACGCAGGCAGUGCUGACUGCCGAGGGGGGUCGGGGUCCCUCUCGUGGUGGAAGCCUCGGGUCCCGAGCGAGCGCCUGGGACGCUAAUACAAAGGUGCGCAGCCGGCGGAAGUGCGCCCGAGGGAGGCGCCCCCCGGAAACGCUCCAGGGAGGGGUCCUGAAGCCCUUAUCAAAGAUGGCGCCGCCGAUCGACGUUUCCCCCCCCCUUCCCUGGAACUAAAUAGGAAGGCCCCAUCCAUCAGGAAGAGGCCGAACGAGUUAAUCGUAUUCCUCCCGUCCUGCUGAAGCGCCUAGGCUUUCAGCGUCGUGCUUCUGGGAUCCCCGGGAGUCGCACCUUUCAACCCUCAUCAAGGUGGAGCGAGCGGAAGUGAGACGCUUAGAGGCGGGGCGGACGGGGAGGGGCGAGGCCACUUCCGCCCCGCACCAGCAUGGCUGCCGGCCGGGCGCGCAUGCGCGGCUGUCCAUGGAGCCCCCAAGACGGAGGAUCCCUGUCCCGGAGAGUCGGCGGCUGAGGUGGGACUUAUCACUCAGGCCAGUGAGGCAGGAGAUACGAAGACUUCCAAAGAAGGGCCCGUUCCUUGGAUGUGCCGCCUCACAGAGAGAUGAAGGGGCAGCAGAAAACAGCUGAGACGGAAGAGGGGACAGUGCAGAUCCAGGAAGGUGCAGUGGCAACUGGGGAGGACCCAACCAGUGUGGCUAUUGCCAGCAUCCAGUCAUCUGCCACCUUCCCUGACCCCAACGUCAAGUACGUCUUCCGAACUGAGAAUGGGGGCCAGGUGAUGUACAGGGUGAUCCAGGUGUCUGAAGGGCAGCUGGAUGGCCAAACCGAGGGGACUGGUGCCAUCAGUGGCUACCCUGCUACUCAGUCCAUGACCCAGGCGGUGAUCCAGGGUGCGUUCACCAGUGACGAUGCAGUUGACACAGAGGGGACGGCCGCUGAGACACACUACGCUUACUUCCCUGGCACUGCUGUGGGCGACGGGGCGGCAGGGACCACGGCAGGGAGUGCAGCCGCUGUUGUCACCACCCAGGGCUCGGAGGCACUGCUGGGACAGGCCACCCCUCCUGGCACCGGUCAGUUCUUCGUGAUGAUGUCACCACAGGAAGUGCUGCCGGGAGGAAGCCAGCGCUCCAUUGCCCCCAGGACCCACCCUUACUCCCCAGUAAAGGGGGGAUUCUCUCCAAAGCCUGCGAUUACAUCCAGGAGCUGCGGCAGAGCAAUCACCGGUUGUCUGAGGAGCUGCAAGGGCUGGACCAGCUGCAGCUGGACAACGAAGUGCUUCGCCAGCAGGUGGAAGACCUCAAGAACAAGAACCUGCUGCUCCGCGCCCAGCUGCGGCACCAUGGGGUGGAGGUGGUCAUCAAGAAUGACAGCAGCUGACUUGGGUCCCUGUGCUGGAGCGGCAGGAAGCCUGGAGCAGCAGGGUCCCCGUGCCGUUCCUUCCCUGCCCGUUUCUGGCACGAGACUGGGAGGUUCAGAGGGUGUGUCGGGCAGCAGCCUGCAGGGUGUGAAACACGGACAAGCACUGGCUGACAGCCUGGUGCACACUCGGUGUCCGUGCAGAUGCUGGACACACCCAGUGGGCGUGCCUGCCUGCUGCCUGCUGAUGUGACGCCUGGCUGCCCGGGACCCGGGGCUUUCGGUGCCCCCUUCCCCGGAGCUCGGGGUGCACCAGAGGACGCCAGGGGACGGGCUUCAGCAAGACGCGGGGGAGGAGCAGUGGCCGCUGCCGAAGAAGGUUGGGCAGCAGCUGAGACUGACGCAGACGUCCGGGGGAGAACCAUAGGCGGGGCCCUCGUGGGUCUUGCCCCUUGUGGGGACGGUUCCCCCCUUUUUUUCCAAACAUAAAAUGUUCAGAGCCGCA